AUGUGCAAAACAACUACUCCUCUGGUUUAUGGAAUAGUAAUACCACCACAACAGUGGACAGCAAUAUCAUCACAACAGUGGAUAGCAAUACUACCACAACAGUGGACAGCAAUACCAACACACUCAGUGAACAUAAAAAUAAUACUAAUAACAAGCAUCCUCAACCCCCAUACAAUAAUAGCAUGA